AUGUCUACUACACAAACUGUCAAGAACGUGGUCGUGUUGGGUGCAGGGGUUGUCGGUCUUAGUACCGCUAUCAGGCUUCUCGAAAAGGGCCACGACGUAUCUAUAAUCGCUGAGUCGCUCCCUACAGACCCGAGAUCCAUCAAGUACACCAGUCCAUGGGCGGGUGCAUACCAUGUGAUGUACAUGGGAGAUGACCCUCGGCAGAAAUCCAUUCGUGAGGAAACCCUCAAGGUCAUGCUGGAGUUGUCUGCUCCUGGCGGUGCCGCGGAAGGUUGCUUCCGCCGCCUGUCGUCUGUCGAGUACUUCCUCGAGGACAUCGACCCCACAAACUACGAAAGUCUCCUCCAGCCAAAACGUAUCCCACAAGAGUCCUUGCAUUCCAAGGCAAAGUCGGGUUACAUAUUCGACACGUACACGAUCGACACGACGCCGUAUCUGAACUACCUCCUCGCACGCUUCAUCAGUCGGGGCGGAGUCGUCGUACGUGGAUCCGUCCAGCACGUCAACCAGAUCAUCGAGGGCGGUGUAGACGCGUUCUCUCUCGGAAAAGCUGCUCAGCGACCCGUAGACGCACUUGUUGUCUGCACCGGACUGGGUGCGCGUACACUGGGCGGUGUAGAGGACAAGGCAGUGCACAGUGUCAGAGGGCAGCGCGUCCUCGUACAUGCACCGUGGAUCGAGAAGGCUAUGGGGCUUGAGGAGAGCCAGGAGAAAGACACGUAUCUCAUCCCGAGGAGGAACGGGAAUGUUAUUUUGGGCGGUACACGCGACGUGGACGACUGGUACCCCAUUGUGAGGCCGGAGACGACGGAGGACAUCCUCAACCGCUGCCUGGCGCUCUGCCCGGAACUCGCGCCGCCGGAGGUGCGAGCGCAGCGAGCCCCGACAGCUGAUGAUAUCCGGCCCCUGAUCGUCGAAGUGGGCUGCGGGCUGAGGCCAGCACGAGACGGAGGCCUGAGGCUGGACGUCGAGUGGCUUACGGAUAAGAAGGACGGCAGACAGGUGCCGAUGGUGUUCGACUAUGGGCACGGAAGCAGCGGAUAUGAGAGCUCAUGGGGAUCGGCGGACAUGGCAGUCAGCUUGCUGGAAGACGCGAUGGCCGGCAAGGCGAACAACUGAAAGUCGGGAUUCACGUAAAGUGGUCGGCCAGCGUUGCAGGGGCCAGCUGGCUGAGAGCGGGGAAGUACCUCAUUGCGGUGUUGUAAUGAUACAUGUGCUUGAGGUAUCUACUGAUAUAUGCGAUCUCGUUACGUCCAUUCGUCCCGCCCAGAUCUACGUUGCUGACUCUGCGCCUUCGGAACGCCAUCCGUCCCGAACAGCUCCAGAUGCACCCUCUCGUCCUCGAUGCCGUACCCCUUCAGCGUCCUCUCCAUGUCCACCAUGAACGACAUCGGACCGCGGACGUAGUCAAGUACUGCGUGUGCUUGUCCCCAAGAACAGGUCAUACUCUCCAUCAAGCUUUGCGGGGUCCAUGCGCCCCGCCUGGUGCUACUGCUCGCCACGUACAUCUUCCGCUGCCGG